GGCUGCUUCCCUCUUGAAAUAUUUAUCUUCAAUUCAAAGCCUGAAAUUUUUGUUUUCUUUAUAUAAAAGGAACCCUAAUUUUUUUAAUUUUAAUUUUCGCAAUCAAAAUGUCAACAGCAGCCGCGACACCGACAAUUUCUCAGCUGUCUUGUUUCUCCUCAAUCAACCGGCGGUUUCAGAUCUUUCAUCGUUCAACUUUUCUUUCAUUUAGUCGCUCAAAGAUGCUGACUGCUUCAAAUUUCCAGUCAUUUGUUGUUAUGAGUGUUGAUGGGCAAGGUGCUGAAACUGCUAGCUCUCAACUUAAAACUACACCAAGUUAUGUUGCUGGAGAAUCAAAACCAGCAGAAGUGACUAAGUCAUAUCCAAAUCCAGAAGAGCAUGUUCCUGAAAAUACAAGUAACCUAGGAGUGGAAAAUGAUAUCAUCCAACCGAAAAGGGCUGCAAAAAUCCAUGAUUUCUGUUUUGGAAUUCCUUAUGGUGGUCUUGUUCUAAGCGGGGGGCUUGUUGGUUUUAUAUUUUCGAGGAAUCCUGCCACUUUACUCUUUGGAGGUGCUGUGCUAGCCCUUAGCACUUUCAGUUUGAAAAUUUGGAGGGAAGGAAAAUCAAGUUUCCCAUUCAUACUUGGACAAGCAGGUAUUUUAACUUUUUUUAUGCAUCGAGGCAUUCUUUGAAAGCAAUUUAUGGAA